CACCAGCACACCGAGUAACAACCCGAACUCCACUGUCUAGCACGCACCAUCACGAGUCCACGAGUCCACGACCUGCUUUGGAACGCGCGACUAAACCCUCGUGAUCACUCUCAUCAUUGUCCUGCUGGCUCGCCCGACCGAUAUCCUGUCUUCCUCUUCCUUAUCAUACUCACAACACAAUAUUCUCACCACUCUUCGCCCUGUAUCGCUCGCCCCGAAAGUCCUACACGCGAUCGGCCAACGGGACUGACCGAACAUGCAACAUGCCGCCGCGCAUGCGUCAACCAUGCUGGAUCCACAACCGUUGACGUCUGCAGCUUCACCGAGCGAUCAUGCCCAUCCUCCGCGCAGCUCACAAGACUCAAGUCUAUCACAAUCUUCAUCCUCACGACCGACAACACUAAACAUAUCUACCAGCGAUGUUUCUACUGCUGCAAUCUCCAAAGUCCACCAUGAAGAACAAGAGGAAUACACACCACCCACCUCUGCCAUAUCCAGUCAGCUUGACUCUCAGGGUACAAGAUCUCCAGGGUUGUCAGAGAAGAAGGAGCAUUCUGUAGACGGGGUAGGGGAGGAUCCUUCGCAAAAGCAAAGGUCAACAUCACGUUCUCAGAGUCCUCUGCCAGACAGUCUCUCAGGCACGAAAAGGACGGCAAGUGGUCAACACAAGAGGUCUAGUGUGAAUGGUCUGGCGGACAUUGUCACCCAAGCAAACGGCGCCAGUCACUCUAGGACUUCGAGUAUGGUAUCAAGCGGCACGAGUGGGAAUGUGCUUGAGCUCUCACAGCAACUCCGCACCAAGCUGAAAUACGCCAUGAUCAAAGUACAGAAUGGCUGGCAGACGCGUUCAUUUGACGAGGUCGAGUCGCUGGCUUCCCAGUCACCUCGAUCGACCAUAUCAGGAUUUCAACAUUCACCCAAGACACAAACCCUACUUUCUCCACGCAGUGCCAUGUCGAGGAAAUAUCAACGCGAAUCGAGCGAGAGCGACUCCUCAGACAGCACAGUCGCCCUCGAGAGUCGAGGUUUGGUCAACAUGUCGGGAAGUCCUCAGGUCGCAGCGCGCCGGGCAUUGGCGCCACCAAUUGACAUCCUUCCCAGUUCUUCGCGUCGUAGACGUGCACCAAACGGCGUGCAUGGGCCCGGAGUACACGCUAGACACAUGCACAUCUCAAGACCUACCACAAGUCAACGGACGCCAAGCCAAAAUGCCGCCAUGGAAGCUGAUGCUGUCGAGACUUUACUCUUCAUGGCCAGUCCCAGUAAUUCAGGAUACAAUCCCUCGACACACUCGUCGCAGGAAUCAUCACUACCAAGAUCGGUCCCUUUUCCAAUAUCAUCACAAACAUCACCGCUUAGGAAUCAGUUUAGUCAGACUUCGAUGACUUCGCCCAAGAAGGUUGCCUUUUCUGAUGGACGGCCUCCGAUCGACAAGGCAGCUCUGAUUGAUCGAAUCCUGGACGAACUGUCCGACGACAGUGACGACGAAUUGGAACAGGCUUUCAGACUCGCGGAGAAAAGCAAGAUAACAGCAUCGGUUUCGACAUGACAUCUAGCAUUUAGGCGAGUAUCUGGCGUUGGGGAAAUAUCUGAUUGAGCACAUUUGCAAGCCCAAUGAGGC